AACAUAAAGCUUUGGAAUCAUAGUUCAAUUUUUAGAAACUCAAUCCAAAAACGAUGAAUCUAUACGCUCAUGAUCUGUCUUUAUUUGAUUUCACCAACUUCUCUGAUAAUCCAAUUAUCGACCACCAAUCAUCUUUCGGUUCCUUAAUCGGAGGUUACAGUGAUUCUAAUGGCAGUGAUCAUGGUGAUGACGAUGUUGCUGAUGGUGGAAAUAAAAGAAGUAAGAGUCCACCAAAGCACCGCCAUGAUCGGACCUCGCCGUUACCUUUGGGAAUGGACUGGUCUUUACCUCCUCGAAGAUGGAAUGGGCGGGACACUGUUUGGCCUCACAACCCUCAGACAGGGUGGAGUUACUGCGUUAGAAUUCCUUCUUGGAUUCUUCUUCCAACAUCCCGAGGUUCAGAUUCUGUUGUGUUUUACAAGGUUCAAGUUGGCAUUCAAUCACCACAAGGUGUCACUACCACCCGGGGAAUAUUACGAAGAUAUAGUGAUUUCUUAAAGCUACUAUUUGAACUUAAGAAGAUAUUUCCCAAUAAAAAUCUGCCUCCAGCUCCUCCAAAAAGAAUUUUGAGGGUGAAAAACAGAACACUGUUGGAGGAGAGAAGGUGUUCUUUGGAGGACUGGAUGGAAAAACUUUUAUCAGAUAUUGAUAUUUCCAGAAGUGUUUCAGUGGCAACAUUUCUUGAGCUAGAAGCCGCUGCAAGGUCUUCAUUUGACGAUGAUCAAGCGGAUGCAGUUUCUUCUGUCAGUAGUGUGGUUCCUUCAGUUCUGACCAAGCCCAACUUAGAUAUUGAUAAUGCAUCUGAUCUUGAUAAUGUUUCUUCUGAGAAAUUUGAGCUUGGAACCCCAAGGCGAGGAAAAGGCAAUUCUGCUGGUCCUUCCAUGGAACAUGUAACUUUGGAACCAAAUUUGAUUGAACCCUUGGAGAGAAGUACGAAUUAUGGCAUGUUUAACAGGAAUUUUAUUCUAGAAAACCUAGAGAAGAUCUCCAAGCAAAAAAUGCUUUUGGGAGGAGAAAGCGACAUUCCAAGAGAUAAAAUAACUGGAAAUACUGCUGACGGUAGAUUUCUUCAUGGAGAUGGAGCAGAGCAUUUUUCUGAACUAGAGCAUUGCAAAAUGGAUGGCCAUGUUCGAAGAUUUUCAACAGAAAGCCUUGGAAGUGAUUUAAGUUCCGUCCAAGCUAGUGACAUAUCAAACUCGGGAAUAGCUAAUUUGUCUGGUGAUGGGUUACAUGACUUGCCUGAAAAUGCUGAUGCUUGUAGAGCCUUGGAUUCUUUGAGCUCAGAUUUACAAUUCCAUAGAGAUUUCCUUAUCCUUUUUCUAUCAGAUGAGCACCGUAAGUUAAAAAGGGUUCUUAAUACGCUGCAGAGGAGACUAGCUACAACAAAAACAGACGUCGAAGAUCUUAUAUCAAGGUUCAAUCAGGAAAGUGCAGUCAGGCAGUUCCUCGCAACAAAGGUCAAGGAUUUGGAAGUGGAACUUGAAACUACUAGAGAGAAUUGUGAUGAAAACAUGCAACAAGCUGUUUUGCUUGAAAGAGAAAGAUUCACUCAAAUGCAGUGGGAUAUGGAGUUACUUCGGAAGCAGUGUUUGGAGAUGGAAAUGAAAUUAAAGACUGAACAGGAUGAAAAGGCACAUGCUUUGUCAGAAAAGUUAUCAAUGAUGAAAGAAAGCAAAAUGUUGCUGCAAGAUUUGGAUGUUGCUAGAAAACAGCUUGCAGACUUAAAAAACCAUCAUGAGGAGUUAGAGGUGAAAUCGAAAGCAGAUGUAAAGCUCCUUGUUAAGGAGGUGAAAUCUCUUCGAAGCUCUCAAUCUGAAUUGAAGAAAGAGCUUAGCCGUGUGAUGAAAGAAAAACUAGAAUUGGAGAGGGUUAUGCAGAAGGAAAAGCAAAAGAUGAAGCAUGCCAAUGCUGCAAACAAUAAACUGCUUCACGAAUGCAGUAUUCUUUGGGAUAGGCUUCAAGAAUGCAGUGUUAACUUCCUCAGCGAGGAGGAGGAUAAGUUGAAUGUUGAUACUUCAUCUCCAUCUGAUGCUCUAGAUCUCUUGACAACAUCUGAUAAUCGAAUUGGUCUCCUUCUUGCUGAGGCACAGCUCCUUGCACAAGAUGUAGAAAAUUCAGUAGCCAGACCUGAAGAGAGUCAUACAAUGAAAGAUGGUGAUGAAAGGAUCGGCAACGAGUUGAGGAAGAUGCUAACAGAUAUGUUUGUUGAUAAUGCAAGAUUAAGGAAGAAGGUGAACUCGGUAGUACGAUGUGCUCUCAGCACAUACGUGAAGACCAAUGAUGAUGGAGAAGAGGAAGAGGAAGAGGAAGAGACCUCUGAGUAAAACUGUUCUGAGCAAAUUCUUGUAAAGAUAAAACAGUAGGUGAUAACAAAUAGUGGAUUGAUAUUUAAUUCUGAAUUCAUGGAACAUACUCCUCAUUGCUGUUUUAAUACUGCCAAGUUGUCAUACAGCUACACAUUUUAUUAUCUAUUCUUGUAUGAGAUGACUCCAUUUGUAUGUUAUGUAAGUAGCAAUAAGAAACAUGCAAUGGAAAA